UCAUAAAAAUAAGGAAGUUUUUUGCAUUAUUGCUUGGGAGUAUUUGUUCACGUUCGCAGAAGGCAGGAACAUGAGCAACAUCUACGAGUCGGCAGCUAACACGCUGGGCCUCUUCAGCAGCCCGUGUCUGACCAAAGUGGAGCUGCGUGUUGCCUGCAAGGGCAUCUCAGACAGGGACGCACUCUCCAAGCCGGACCCCUGUGUCGUGCUCAAGAUGCAGUCGCAUGGACAAUGGUUUGAGGUGGACAGGACAGAGGUAAUCCGCAGUUCCAUAAACCCAGUCUUCUCCAAGGUGUUCACCGUGGACUUCUACUUUGAGGAGAUGCAGCGGCUGCGUUUCGAGCUUCACGACAUCAGCAGCAGCCACAAUGGCCUGAAGGAGGCUGACUUUCUGGGAGCUAUGGAGUGUACACUGGGCCAGAUCGUGUCCCAGAGGAAGCUCGCAAAGCCCUUACUCAAGCAGGGCAACGCAGCAGGAAAGUCCUCAAUUACAGUGACUGCAGAAGAGCUCUCUGGGAACCAUGACUACGUCGAGCUCUCUUUCAGCGCGAGGAAACUCGAUGACAAGGACUUCUUCAGCAAGUCAGACCCCUUCUUGGAAAUAUUCCGAAUAAACGACGACUCAAGCAGCUCACUGGUGCACAGGACAGAGACCGUAAUGAACAAUCUGAACCCCAUCUGGAAGACAUUCAAGGUGUCACUCAAUACUCUGUGCAGUGGCGAUAAUGACCGUGAGCUGAAGUGCAUUGUGUGGGACUGGGACUCCAACGGGAAGCACGAUUUUAUCGGGGAGUUCCAGACCACGUUCAAAGAGAUGAGAGGAGCAAUGGACGGAAGACAGGUCCAGUGGGAGUGCAUAAACCCCAAGUACCAGGUGAAGAAGAAGAACUACAGGAACUCGGGCAUCGUCAUUCUGAACCAGUGCAAGAUCAUCAAGAUGCACUCCUUCCUGGACUAUAUCAUGGGUGGCUGUCAGAUCCAGUUCACAGUAGCAAUCGACUUCACAGCAUCUAACGGGGACCCCCGAAACAGCUGCUCGCUGCACUAUAUCCACCCGUAUCAGCCCAAUGAGUAUUUAAAGGCACUGGUUGCCGUCGGCGAGAUCUGCCAAGACUACGACAGUGACAAAAUGUUCCCGGCCUUUGGCUUUGGAGCGCAGAUCCCACCAGACUUUAAGGUUUCUCACGACUUUGCUGUCAACUUCGAUGAAGAAAACCCAGAAUGUGCUGGCAUACAGGGGGUUGUGGAUGCCUAUCAGAACUGCCUCCCCAAAAUCCAGCUAUACGGCCCCACCAACAUCGCACCUAUCAUCCAGAAGGUUGCCAGCUCCGCCUCCGAGGAGAUGCACACAAAGGAGGCCAUGGAGUACUUCAUACUACUUAUCCUUACGGAUGGCGUCAUCACGGACAUGGCAGAUACCCGAGAGGCCAUUGUACAUGCCUCCCACCUGCCCAUGUCCGUCAUCAUCGUGGGCAUAGGCAAUGCUGACUUCAGCGACAUGCAGAUGCUGGACGGCGACGAUGGUAUCCUGCGCUCCCCCAAGGGGGAGCCCGUCCUCAGGGACAUCGUCCAGUUUGUCCCCUUCCGCAAUUUUAAGCAUGCAUCUCCCGCAGCUCUGGCCAAGAGCGUUCUAGCCGAGGUGCCUAACCAAGUGGUGGACUACUACAACAGUAAGGGGAUCAAGCCCAAGGGUCUCUCGGACUACGAGUCUUCCAGGACGUUCAGCCCCUGA